CAUCAUGGAUAUCGCCGGUGAAAACAUGGCGAGCCAUCGGAGAAUCCAUCCAUUUCACAACAAAUGUGGAUCCUUAAUUUCAUUGAGUGAUGACGACAAAACAGCAAGACGAAAUGACUCCAGACAAGAAUUCAAUAACGGGCUAGUAUUUAGCAAGAGACCUCUGAAAGACGAUGAGAUUUAUGAAGUCAGAAUUGAUGAGAAGGUGGAGACAUGGAGUGGAUCCAUUGAAGUAGGAGUGAUCUCUCUGGACCCAGACAACCUAGAGCUUCCCCCCAGUGCCACAGCACUCUGCGAGGGAUCCUGGAUCCUCUCCGGAUGUACCGUUCUGCGGAACAGUGAGUCCAUCCUGGACGAAUACGCAUGUGACCUUGAUGCUUGUGCCCUAGGAGACAGGGUGGGUGUGCAGAGGAAGAGGAAUGGUGAGCUUCGGAUCUACCUGAAUGGUGUUGAUCAGGGCAUCGCUGCGUGCAAUCUACCCAAGAAGGUACACGCUGUGGUGGACUUGUAUGGCAAGUGCACAAAGGUCACUUUGGUAUCUUCCCCUAGAGUUAUAGAAAUGAACAAUAGUGAAAUGGCCCUAUCCAACCAAGAAGUAGAUUCCUGUCAGGAUUCAGACUCUGAUACCGAUGAUACGUGUGGAGAAUACAUCGACGACUUGAUACAUGUAGGGGAGGCUGAAGAAGAGAACAAUGAAAAUGAUGACAAUAAUAAUGACGAUGGUGAUGGUGAUGUUGAUGACGAUGAUGACGACGACGAUGAUGACGACGAUGAUGAUGAAGAUGACGAUGAGGAGGAUGAAGAUGAGGAGGAGAGUUCAGUUGGCGAUGAAGAUAAUGACUCUUGUGAUGACGAUGACGAAGACAAUGAGCGUGAGAACGAACAGGAGAAUAAUAACAUUGAUGCGGAUGUGAACAGUACUGAUUCCGACGAGCCUGUCGCGGCUGCCGCAGCAUCGCUUAAUUCGCCAUUGUGUUUCCACUCAAGACACGGGUCAAUGAUAAGGUUAAAGAACUCUGGGAAAACAGCAGAGAGAACCAAUGCAAUGGACGAAUUCAACAAUGGUGUGGUGAUCACAAACAGAGCUCUGAGGUGCAAUGAAAUAUUUGAGAUCCGUAUUGAUGAGUUAAUAGAUAAAUGGUCUGGAUCUAUUGAGAUUGGAGUAACAACACACAACCCUGAUACUCUUGAAUUCCCAGCCACCAUGACAAACCUCCACACAGGAACUGUUAUGAUGAGUGGAGGUGGUAUCUUAUCCAAUGGGAAAGGAACAAAGAGAGAGUAUGGUGAAUGCACAUUAGAUGAAUUAGGGGUUGGAGAUCACAUAGCAGUUGUACGUAAGACUUCGGGUGAUCUUCAUUUCUUCAUCAAUGGACGGGACCAAGGCCUGGCGGCUCCAGACGUGCCCAGUACAAUCUAUGGAGUUGUGGAUCUCUAUGGCAUGGCUGUACAGGUUUCUAUAGUAGAACAUCACCAGAGUACCAUGUUAGCAGCUCUAGACAGACGCCUCAUGCAUCUUAAUUAUCUCAAAUCACUCGCUGAACAAGAGCUACCUUUCGUCUUUGGAGAUGGAGAUAGAAUGAUGUCAGAACCACUUCUUUUCCAUCCUAUCUGUGGGGCACAUGCUGAGAUCAUCAACGGAUACAAGUCUGCACAUAGACCAAGGGCUAUGGAUGACUUCAACAAUGCAGUAGUCUUGACAAAUAGACCUUUGAGAGAAAAUGAAAUGUUUGAAGUUAACAUUGAUAAGAUGAUUGAUAAAUGGGCGGGGUCUUUGGAGCUUGGCGUGACAACUCAUUCUCCAUGUAAUCUAGACUUUCCAUCAACGAUGACCAACGUCAGGAGUGGUACAUGGAUGUUGGCUGGUAAUUGUGUUAUGCACAAUGGCACCAACAUCAUUGAUGAGUAUGCCACAGAUAUGGACCAUUUGAAGAAUGGUGACAGGGUUGGAGUUGUAAGAAGACCAAACGGUGAUCUUCAUUUUUUCUUUAAUGGCGUGGACAAAGGGGUCGCGGCUUCACAUGUGACCUCGAGUCUCUAUGGGGUCGUUGAUCUGUAUGGUCAAGCGGCAAAGGUCACCAUUGCUGAUCCUGGAGAGAGGAUGCAAGCAGAAUCUGUGAGAGAUGGCAUCACCCCAUCCAGUACUUUCACCGUUGAGAGCCCAGCCCACCCACAGCAGAGGUUUCACGCGAAGCAUGGCAGGAACGCUACCAUCAGCAACAAUGGGAAGAGGGCAUUCCGGGCCAAUCCAGCGGGCGAGUUCAAUGAAGCUGUUGUGAUGAGUUGUUAUCCACUCACCAACGGAGAGCUUUUUGACAUCUGUGUGGAAAAGAUGGUUGAUAGGUGGUCAGGAUCUAUCGAGAUUGGUGUAACGACUAAGAAGCCAGAGGAUAUGGACUUUCCAAGUACAAUGACAGACCUUGCAUCAGAAACAUGGAUGCUCAGUGGGGCUUCUCUGAUGCAGGAAGGCUUCACAGUCAACCACACGUACUCACUUGACCUUGACACACUCCUUGAAGGUCAAAGAAUAGGUCUCCUUAGGACAGAAGAGGGAGCCCUUCAUUUCUAUCUCGAUGGGAUAGACAAGGGCGUAGCUUUCACCAACAUUCCCGAAGAUGUUUAUGUAGUGAUAGAUCUCUAUGGACAAUGUGCACAGAUAUCUGUCUAUGAUUCAUCAAUGACACUUUCUGAAAACCAACUCAUCUUGCCUCCACCAACAGUACCGAUUGAAACAAUUCUAACAGUACCAGGUCUGCCUCACAAGUUCCACCUUUGCAUCGGUUGCAACGUCUCACUCUCUGAGGACUCCUCAAAGGCCACAAGAACAGAUGCCUUCAACAACGGCAUCAUCUUCAGCUCUAAACCACUCGUAGAAGGAGACUUCUUUGAGGUACAAAUUGACAGACUAGCCAGGCAUUGGUCAGGUUCCCUCUGUAUUGGACUCACCACGUACCAUCCCGACGAUCCGCUACUAGCCGAGCCACUGGUCGCCACCACCUCUGAACUGAAGGCUAGGGGUACGUGGGUCAUGCAGGGGUCAGAUAUCAGGAAGAACGGGGUCAACAUCAGGUCAAAUUACGGCCCAACGUUAGAAAGAUUAGAGAUUGGUCAUAAGGUCGGUGUAAGGUUAACAGCUGAUCGUUGUAUGCACAUGGUAGUCAAUGGAGAAGACCUAGGCCAGGCUGCUGUAGACAUACCACAGGGUGUGUAUGCUAUCGUAGAGCUGUAUGGUCGAGUAGAGAGCAUACAUAUCAUCAGUUCCUCAGUCAGUCUCCCCAACGAACCCCUUCGGGCGCCCUCAAUUUCAUCAAUAAGUGAUACGGAACCAGACUCAGAAAAAGAGGAUGCAUCCACAACAUCAGAGAAAUCGCCAUCCAUCUGUUUCCAUGACAACCAUGGGAAGAAUGCAUCGCUGUGCAAUAAUAACCUGACCGCCCGUAGGAUAGGAAGCUAUCAUCAAGGCAUCGUACUCAGCACCAAACCCUUGCCAAGAAAACAAACCUUUGAGAUCCAGAUUGAUAAGCUGAACGAGCAUUGGACAGAUUCCCUGAAAAUUGGAGUAACAGGAACAUCUCCUGAUAAACUAACAUUCCCGGCUACCGCAUCAGCCAUCAAGAAAUGCUCCUGGGUUGUACAGGGAGAAUCAGUCUUCCAUAAUGCCAAGAAGGUUAAAGGCAACUACGGCCCCAAUUUAGACAAGUUAAAAGAAGGGAGCAUUGUUGGCCUGGUUGUAAGCAACGAAGGCAGUCUUCAUCUUCAUGUUGAUGGAAGAGAUUAUGGGAUAGCAGCUGAGGACGUGGCUACACCUUGUUAUGCUCUGGUAGAUCUCUAUGGACAAUGUGAACAGGUUACCGUGGUAACUGAAGCAUUAGCUGCAUCGGGAGGCUUACAAGAUGAACGAGAGAAGGCAGUUCUUGAGAAUGGUUUGAAAGAGAAUUCCCCAUUACUGUCCUAUCAUCCAAUGGCUAUUACAGCAAGAGAUUGUGACUAUCAGAAACUGUGCAAUAGAUUCAAAGCAUCACUCGGCUUGCCAGCUGCUUACUUUGAAGCCAACACCCGUUCAAGUAAAUGCUACUGUGAGGCGUGUCAUAAAGUCCAUGGAGAGGAGGCCUAUACCACCAAAGGUGACCCGCCUAGGGGGUACACCAGACCGUUAAGAUGGUGCAAGUUUGCCCUAAGAUUACAUAAUCUUGCUGAGGAACUGAAUGUUUUUGAAAGCUGGCAUGUAGCAUACCAUGGGACGUCAGUGGGAUGCGUUCGGAAGAUCCUGGAUAGAGGAACGUUACUUCCUCCAGGUGAUACGAGUCUUGGACAGCUGUACCGGCCAGAGACACUCGGUACCAUCAACAAACCAUCCCAAGUACCAGAUCUCAUGCAGAUCUUUGUCUCACCAACACUGAAAUACGCUGGGUGUGAUAUCUUCUCUCACAGAUGCAAAUUCAUCGACUCUCAGACGCAGAAAGAGCACUUUGCUAGGGUCGCGUUCCAGGUCCGAAUCAGGCCGGGAUGCUACACGGCGGGUCCGCAGAGCAUCGGGGCCAACCACACGAUAGAUCCUUACAUAGAGAACAGCCGAAUAGAGUGGACUACAAAAGAGACUGCAUCCAUCGUCCUGUGUGCUCUUCUCAUAUCGGUAGAGUGAGGGUACAGAAAUAUUGUAUGUAGUUCCAUGUAUUUAUUUUGCUGCUGGAAUAGGAAUGUCCAUAGAGCAACUCACAAGCGAGGUGGCCCGUGCACGGAGAAUAGCUUCUUGGAGUCCGCACUGGAUGAAGAAGCAUCUGUUAUCUUCUGAAGGCUCUAUUUGAAUGUGUUUGUUUGGAUGUAUUGCCAAGUAUUUUGCUGCCGGAAUGGGAACCUCUGUUGAGCAACUUGCAAACCUAAAGUCAAAUUUAUGGACAUUGGCUUGGUGGAGUUGACCACAAAAGAAAAGGCAUCGCGGUAUUGCUACUAUUAAAGCGUUGUGUGUAGUUCCAAGUAUUUAUUUUGCAAUACUGUGUAUCUAUAGGAAUUGCAACACUAAUUUUGUGAAUUGAGCUCUAAAAAUGGUAAUGCACAUGUGAAAACAGGGAUGUGUUUGUAAAGACAUUGCCAAAUUGUCCAAAAUUUUACAAAUUUCAAGGAAAGAAACAGUUUAACAUCCAACCUGUAUUUUCUUUUUCCAAUUUUAUGACAGACACUGUAAAAGAUAAAUAAGAAAUUUCAUCAGGUUCCAAACUUUUGAGGCAGUGGUGAAACCUUUACUUUGUUUCACAAACUUUAAUAUCAAUUUGUUGCAGCUGUAUUCUGUCUUUCUGAGUCGGAGCAUUUUUCCAACAGUCAGGGCUAAAACUAGUACUUACGAGACAUUUCAUCUUCAAUGAGCACAAAAAAGAGGGUUCAUUGUUUCAGAGGCAUAGAUGAGUUGUGACUCCCCUUCAGCUCCUAGGCCCUGUGGCACGAAGCUGAGUGACUGAUCAUACAGUUGAUUUUAUGAUUGAUUGCAAGUUAUGAUCAAUGCAGAUUACCAUCAAAAUCAGAAAUUGAUUGUACGAUUGAUUACAUCUUAAUGAUUGAUGCAUUCGACCACCAUGAUCAGGCCUACAAUCAUAAAGUUGAUAUUUGUGAAUGAUUGCACAUGAAGAUUGAUACAUUCAACGAUCAUGAUGCAGACCUAUGAUCGCAAAGUUGAUUUUCAUGGUUGAUUGCACAUAACGGUUGAUACAGUUGGCCUUCAAAAUCAGGCUUUUGAUUGCAAAGUUGGCUUGCACAAAUGAUUGCAUCUAAUGAUCAAUGCAAUCAAAAUUACCAAGUUUAGUGUUACAAAGUCUAACCUUCAUUCCUUUUAACAUCAUUCCACAAAGCGACAUGUAUUCACAAUCACAUCAUUCACACUGUCUUUGCAGGGUUUCCUAUGAAGCAACCUAUGAUUAACAAAAAAUAAUGGUAAUUCAAUUAUUGUUUAUGUCUAUUUGAAAACUUUCAUAUAUGAUCACAUUUGACACUCAUAAGUGUCUUGGAAUGAUAACUGAGUUUGGUCCACCAAUAAAACUUGAGAAAAGAUGAAUGAGUAAACAAAGUAAAUGUUCAAUCAACACAAGAUUUUGACAUUUUUGGUUUCCCAUAAUUCAAGCACUGAAUGUUAUACCAUUGCCAAAGGUAAACCAUAUAUCUGUAUAUGGGUUCUGGUGUUUAAACACAACCUUUAUAUGUACGUUGGAAGCAAGUGUUAAAGAGCUGCGAGGCAAAGUCAUUGCAGUUUCAUAUCUCUGUUAAAAUGACAAUGCAAAGAUGUGUCAUUGGCACUGGAAUCAUAGACAAAAUUAUAGGCACAAGCUGUUGUGUCUGAAUCAGAAGAUUCUGGUUCCUCUGAAGUCUGAAUGUGCAGUAAUUCUGAAAUCUUUACCAAAGUGGAAUUUGGUUAUAUGACAUGCUAAUGAACAUAGCCUUUCCGGUCGUCAUAAAAGGGAGAAGCAGGUAUUAGUUUGAGUUUUUUUUUUUACUACGAAAACAAUGGUGCAUUUGAUAUAUUUAUGAUUGUAAGAUACUAUUAGUUGUAUAUAUUUAAAGCUUUAUCCUGUAAAUGAGGCAGAUCUUUAUUUAUUUCUAUGGCUGAUUGUUUACAACGAAAAACACAAAAAGUAUUGAUUUCUACUCCAUCCAACACGUAUGGGCUGGUCAUACAAUAACAGUUCACAGUGAGCUUUGUGAUGUCACAAUGGAAUAGGUUAAAGGUCAUGUGCCAUGGAAAAGCUUGCAGACAAGGAUUGAUGAGUAGCAUGCUGCUUCACGAAACAGGAGCCUGUUUCAUAAAACUUGUCAAGUGACUAAUUCUAAUUACAGAUUAAAGCUAGUGAAAUCAUUCAGUUCAGUUGGCUGAUAGAAAUCAGGCAUUUGUUAUUUUAGCAAGUCUUAAUAGAGCAGGACCCAGAUGGAUGUUUCAUGAAACUGGGGCCCAUCUUACAAAGAGUUGCGAUUGAUCCGAUCAACCGCAACUAUGGAAAGCCAGCAAAUUCAACAUAUAAAAUGCAUGUUUGUUCAAAAGAUUUUCUAGAUAUGAAUGUAUAUCCAUGAAUUUAUUGAUUUUUGACAAUUUGGUGUGUUCUCCUUUGUUUACAAAGGACAUUUUGCAAAUUUUCCUGUAGAAAAAAUUAUGGCACUGAUGGAUUUCCAUAGAGUUACUCUUUGUAAGAUGGGGCCCUGUUUGUAAGUUACAAGCAAGUUUACGAGAGACUGGUGAUCCUUUCUUGUGGGAAAUGAUACACACCAGAUUUUCAUUGGCGUUGAUUUAGUUACAAAGAAAGGAUCACCAGUCGUUCUUAAAGUCUCUCAUAACUUACGAACAGCUUUAUGAGACACCCACCAGGCCUGGCAAGAACUUAUGAGCUGAAACCAAGGUUGUGUAAUGCCUCUUAUGAUUAGCUUGUGACUAAUUUGUCACUUUUCAUUUUAGCAAUUUUUUGUCUUUGUCUUCAGGCCUCAUUGUAGCUUAAGCACUGCUAUCAGUCUACAACGUUGCUUUAAUUAUGAUAAAAUGCAAGGAUCAAUGUUGGAAAGACGCUUGGAUGAUUCUGCAAGAAAGACCUGGUUCUGACUUUUUGACAAUAUGUGUAAAGCCCACUGUACCCUUUAGAUCACUGAAAAGGCCACUCACUGUACUCUGUAUGAUCUUAGUGAUCUCCGACUGGUCUGUUACAUAGUGAGAGAUGAAUAUUAACACAGCCACUAACAGUGACACUCGAAAUAUUAUGAUCCAACCAUUACAGCAUUUAUUCCUGGGGAUCAUUUAAUAAAUUAAUAGUCACUGACUAUUGUUAUAAGCUACUCAAAUCUGAUUGGCUCAGAGCAAAGAUGUCGGUAAAAACCACUGACUAUUUGCUUCAUGAAAGAGUCCUCUGUUGUUUGUUCAGCUGAACCUCAGAUUGAACCUGAGACCCACUGGGAGAACAUUUUUCGGAACUGAAGUGGCUACCCUGGGUAAAUAUACCGUUAUUAUUAUUAAUUGUUGCAUUUUAAAUUGUCAUUUCCUUAUGGCUACCCUUAACAUUUUUCCUCUGGGGCCCCUUAACCUAAAAAGCUACUAUGAGAGAUAGUAUUCUUGAUUGUGAUUGGCUGUUGAGAAUUGUUGCCAUGGUAAUUGUCAUUGGGUAGUUUUUUGUGCCAUAGACCCAGGUAUAUUGAGGUAUGACAAGAAACUUGUUUGCAAUUAAUUGCAGAGAUCAGUCACUGAUUGCGAUUGAAAGAUCAAAUCCAACCAUGGCAAAUUUAUUGAUGCUUUACCAAAAGUAAACUUCUAUUUCAGUCAAAUGAAAGUUAGCAAUUAAUUGCGAUAUUAGCGAUUGAUUUGACUUGCAAUAGAUUGCAUAAUUCUUGCAAAUCCCCCUAUCUCUCUUAAACUGACAAAAACUGUGACAACGUGAUCUCUCACUUUGCUUCAGACCAGUCACUUAAGCAUCAGAUCUUCCCGUGUGCGAAGGGCUUGUAUUGUCUUUGUAUAUUACAUGUCUACCCAGAUUUGGAUUGUUUUUAAUAAUGUGUAAAUAUUGCUGACAAAUGUGCGUUGUACAUAUUUUCAAAAAUUUAUAAUUGGACUUGGUACUUUGUGUCAUUGGGUGAUUUCAAGUUAGGUGUUAGGUGUUAGUGCUGAUGUUGGUGUUAUAUGCACAACUUAGGUUGCCUUCCAUAGCACCAACACCUAAUAUCAGUUUAUAAAGCUGAUCCAAAUUACAUUACUCCUAGAGAGAUUCAUCUCUUGACCAGUUUCAUUAUGUUUGGUGUUGUGCUGGUGUAAAACUUGACUUAAUACCAAAUGUUAACACCAAACUUGAAAUCACCCACUGAUUGCCCCAAAAACAGGUUUAAAAAAAUUCAUAGAGGAUGACAUUUUUAUGAAUACCAUGCUGGGUGCAAAGAAAUAAUGUGUUGUGAUCUUUGUGCAAUACUGAAAUUAAUAAUCAUUAUGAACAAAGCGAUAUAUGUUAGGAAAUCAGAUAAAUAGUGCACUUUUAUAUGGAAGAGUAGGAAAUUUGUAAGUUCUUACAAAAAUUAAAAAAAAAGUUUGUAAGUUCUAAGAAGAUGCUGAAUUGGAUGUGAGAUUUAAAAAAAUUAUUAUUCUAUAAUUAACAGGUCAUACAAAAGAAAAAAAUGGCUUUGCUUUACAGAAGAGGAGUUAUAGGAAUCUUCUUCCAAUUGGUUAUUAUGUAUAAAUUGCAAAUUAGAAAAAUAUAGAGUCCUUUAUAAAAAUAGCUGAUAGAUAUGUUUUUUGUCACAAGAAUCAGAUCAACAAUUAAUUGCAACAUUAGAGAAAAGUAAUUAGGGUUCCUUUUAUUCCACCCCUUCAUACCAUGUAUAAAAAAUAAAGUGUGACCAAGUCACUUGUUACUUGACUUUUAUUCAAAGACUUUAUUAUAACAGUAAAAUAUAUAUUAAGAAGUCACUAAUAACUUUUAUUAUCAAUUUGAAAAUAUCAGCAUUUGUUCAGAUCUCUUUCAAUCAUGCCUGUUAAGAGCAAUGUGUGAUGGUGCCCUCUUUAGGCCAUUACAACACAGCUUUUCUUGGCUGAGGCAUGUUUCAAUAAUGAAAGGGAAUUCGUUGAAUUUCACUCACAUGAGAUUAAUGUCAUUCACUCUUAUUUACGUCACACUGCCCUCUCUGUUGCAAAGUUGUCUACCUGUAGAUCUACUCUGAAUUUGUUCAUUAUACAAAUUACUUAAAGGGGAAGUUCUCCCUGAAGAAAAGUUUGUUGUAAAAAUAGCAGAAAAAUAAUUAAAAAUAUUGGUGAAGGUUUUAGGGAAAUCCAUUAAAGAUUAAGAAAGUUAUUAGAAUUUCAAGUGUUUGAUUUGUGACGUCAUAAACGAGCAGCUGCCCCAUAUGUUAUGUGAUAGAAAACGCAUAAAUUUCAGUUUUUCAAUGGUUCGUGAUGACUUAUUUUUGUUUUCUUUUUAGGAACGGGUGUGAAAUUAUUUGUCUAGUGUUAUACUGAAAGUACAGUAAAAACCAUUUUCAAUUUUCUAAAAAAAUGACAUUUCAUUGAAUUUCUACCAUACGAUAUGUAGGAAAGCUGCUCGCAUAUGAUGUCACAAAUCAAAUUAUUAAAAUUCUAAUACCUUGUUUAUUCUUUGAUGGAUUUUUCCUCAAACCUUUGGCAAUAUUUUCUUUUAUUUUUUUCUGCUAUUUUUAAUAAUGAACUUUUGGUCAGGAUCAACUUCCCCUUUAAUAUAAGUUUCGCUCGUAGUUAGCUAUAUACAUGUGAAUAUGCAAUUUUACUACCGAAGUAAAUAUGUCUUAUGAUAAAACAUAAAUUAUGAUAUUGAGCUUUCUAGAUGUAUGUAUGCAUUGUUCAUACUGCUGUUAAGCUAUCAACGUGAUCACAAAGAUUUUGUGAAUGUAUGUGCAUAUUUUGUUACACAUUUAUAAAUCUUGCCUGCUUUGUUGUACUGUAUAUCUUGUGCCACUGUUAGAAACCGUCUCCCCCAAAGAUUCCGAAAUAUGUUAUCGGUGCCAUGUAGACUAUGACGUUGCAGUCGAUUAAAUCUAUGCUGUGUCUUUCGUAA